GGGAGAUUGCAUCAGCAGCGUCGUGGUUCUUCGCCGAAACUAAAGAAUUGCUGACUUUUCUCAUCGGAUUCAGAAUAUUUUGGAACGGUUUCCUAUUUAAGCAAAGUACUUGUGAAUAUGGCGACAGCAUUGCAAUACACUGCAGAGCAGCUGAACUACUACAGGAUAUCUUGUGUUGUCACGGACAUACUUUCUGAGGGUCUGCGAACAAUCUUCAAACAGGAAUGGGACAAUCGCUACAUGACAACACUUGGAGAGUGGAAAGAUCAACCCAAAAAUGGAUCAGACUUUUGGAAUGGCGAGUCCCAUAAAAAAAGAAGUAAAAAUAAACGUCUGUUGACAGUCAUGAAGAAUGGCAAUAGAGCUGAGUGGGAUUGUACCAUGCUAUUUUAUGCCAUCCUGUAUUCAGAUUGCAUUCAAAGUCUCAAUCCAACAGUGGAGUCAAAUGUGAAUGACCUCAGGGAAUUUCGAAAUGAAGAAUUUGCACAUGUACCAUUUGGCCAUCUUUCUAAAAUUCAAUUUCAGAAUGAUAUCCUCAAAGUCCUCAAAGCAUUUCACAAUCUUGGUCUUGACACUGCUAAAAUCAAAGAAAUCCAAAAUCAAACCAGUUUUCCAACCAAGGAGUUAGAGGAGGUCCUGAGGAAGGUGGAUGACCUUAAACACGAAGUUUACGAGAAGGAAAACAAACUCCAAGAAAAAGGAAUGGAACUUCUAGAAAAGGAAGGACAACGACAGGUCUUGGAGGAACAGUUACAGACUGAAGUCUCUUCAUUUUGCAUUCUUCCUUCCGCACCUUCCCAUGAUGUUGCACCCCGUACUCGUCGCGUUGCUGAAAUAACACAACAGCUUAAAGCACUGAAACAGGGUGAUGAAAACUGUUUAAGCAUCCUUUAUGUAUCAGGAAAUCCAGGAAGUGGGAAAUCUCAAUUGUCCCGUUUAGUAGCCAAGCGAUUCUAUGAUGAAGUUAAGGAGUUGAAUACCACUACUUCAUUUGUUAUGACACUAAAUGCCGAAAACACAAGAGCUCUUUUGGAAUCAUAUGUUUCUUUUGCUCGGUAUUGUAAAUGUCCAGAGUAUGCUGUUACAAACACCCUCAAAUCCAGAGAGAUUGACACAAAUGAGAAAAUUACUAAUCUCAAGACGUUGAUAAGCACUAAAAUUGAGCUUUUCACAUCCUGGCUGCUGGUGGUUGACAAUGUCACUGAUGUAUCUGGCAUACAUAGUCAUUUACCAGAUGCAGGGAACAAGCAGUGGGAAAGAGGCCAGAUGCUCAUAACAACACAAGACACCAUGUCCAUCCCAUUAACAAGCUCUCGCAUACAACAUAUCUCAGUCAGCACAGGCAUGGAUCCUGAAGAUGCCAGAUUUUUGUUGAAACAACUUUCUGGUGUCACUGAUGAUGAGAUGGAAAAAGAAGUUGCACAAGUAUUAGACUACCAACCUCUUGCCCUGGCAAGUGCUGCUACAUAUGUCAGAGAAGUUGCACAGAACAAGGCAGCUUCCAACUUUGGUUGGAUUGACUAUUUGAAGAAAUUGGAGGAAGGAAAACGGAGAAGUACAGAGAGUAUUCUUGCUGAAACCAACUCAAGUUACCCAAUAUCUAUGACCACUACAAUAAGACUUGCUUUAGAGAGAGAUAUGACAUCUCACAAAGUUAUUUAUCACACAUUCUCUUUUCUCUCCCUAUGUGCACCACAACCGAUACUUCGAGAUGUUGUCACCUGCUACAUUUCGGAAACAGAUAAAGAAUUUGUUGACGAAGAGAUGGUUAAUGUUAAACUAAACCGAUGCUCACUGUUGUUAUUUUCAGAAGAUGAGGGCUGUGUCUACAUUAAAGUCCACAGAGUUGUCUACGAAGUCAUCAAUACUGUAGUAAGAUGCCACACAAAGGAUGAACACCUUAAAGUCAUCCAUGGGGCCAUUACAACCUAUUCACAAGGCAUUUACCAAGAUCCAUCCAAGAUUGGGCAAGACGUAGAUCGCAUAUUCCUUGGCAAGAGUAUAGUCCCCCAUAUUAAAAAUUUGAUCACUGAAACAGAUCCAUUGUUUUCUGAGCAAGGAAUAUUGGAAGUUGCAGAGAGUGGCAUUGUAACGGUUCAAGACUUCACUGAAAACUUUAUAACACUUGGAGAGAUGUGUGUUGAACAUUGUGAAUUGGAGACAGCACUGAAAUGCUUUAAGGUGGUCUUAGCCUUUGUCAACCUAGGUGUGGUAGAUUGCAACAAAGCAGAGGCAGAGGCCUACAGUGGCUUGGGUAAGGUGCAUUGUGACCUGGGUAAACUAGAGCAGGCAAAGGAUUACUUUACACAUGCAUUGGACAUCUAUUGCAGAAAUUUUAGUUCAGACCAUGUUUGUGUUGCUUUUUCUUACAAUAAUCUUGGUAUCGUGUGCAGUCGCCUUGGUGACCUGGAGCAGGCUAAAGACUUUUUCCUGCAUGCAUUGGACAUCCAAACAAAAACUCUUAGCCCUGAUCAUGAGGACAUUGCAACUUGUUAUCACAACCUAGGCAUUCUACAUCGUCACCUUGGUGACCUGAAGCAGGCAAAAUUCUUUACAAGGCAUGCACUGGUUUUGCGCAUCAAAAAGUUUGGACUUGAGGAUGUCUGUGUCGCAUUUACAUACUAUGAGCUGGGUGUUUUAUACUGGUAUUUUGGUAAAUUAAAGAAGGCAAGAGAUAGCUAUGAAAUUGCACUUAAUAUAUAUAUGAAAAAGCUUGGGUCUCAGCAUGUUAAAGUGGCAUCUGCUUACAUUUCCUUGAGUUUUGUGCAUGCAGCAAAAGGUAACUUUGAACUAGUAGCAGACUAUCAUGCCCGUGCACUGGACAUUCUUUUGAAGAAGUUCGGACCUGAGCAUGAUUAUGUCCAAAAGAUUCAGAUAAGUUUAGCUGAGCUGCAGGACAGAAUGGAGAGAACCCCAUGUUGCCUGGCUUUUCUUUCAAGGAGGAUAUGACCCAUGGCUCUAUCUACUUAACUAGCAUAAGGGUAAGAAGAAAAAUGAAAGAGAUAAACUGUACUUUUGAUCGAGAUACAAGCCACAGGGUUUGGUAAAUAUGCACUAGUCUCACAGUGCUUGAAUUUCCUACCCCACUCCCUCCCCUAUGCUUCUCCACCAAUUUCCCCACAAUUUCUGGAAUAGCUUUUUUGGUCAAUUGAACAGCACAAUGAUGGCUCUUUUUGUAUUCACUUCAUGGCUUAUCUUUUUUUUUUUGUAGUCUUGUACCUUAACUUUAGCUAGUGCUCAGUACAAUCGUCAAGGUUACUGGUAUUUUAAAUAUUAAUUUAAUAAGACCUUAAUGCAUCAUCUUUGGAAUA